AGGGGAAGCCCCCAUAGCGCUCAGCAUGAACGCUCCGUGGCAAAAGGAUGUGCGAGCAAGCAGCGCGCUACUGCAGGGACGGUGUCCACAAACUGCUCCACAAAGAACAACCCAAACUCCGGGCGCAGGACAGCAAAGAACAGCCCAAACCAGGAGCCCGGGACAGCGAGACAGCGACGGCUGCACAGUCCGGCAACAGCGGCGCCCAGCCGGGUGGAAUUGACGGGCUCGUCCGCUGGAUAGUUACCAAGAUGAGCGACAACAAAAGCAUCUCUUCCCGGGAAUACGCGAAGGAGGAGGCGGCAGUAGCCCAGGAGCAGUUUUUCGCCCCGGAGCCCCGAAAAGGCAUCUCCGUGAUAUUGGAUAUUUUCCGGAGGGCUGAUAAGGAUGACGACGGGAAGCUCUCUCUGGACGAGUUCCAAGCCUUCUUCUCAGACGGGACACUCAACGAGGAGGAGCUGGAGAAGCUCUUCCACACCAUCGACUCUGACAAUACCAGUAAUGUUGACACCCGAGAGCUCUGCGACUACUUCGCCAAACACAUGGGGGACUACGAGGACGUGCUGGCCUCCCUAGAGACCCUCAACCUAUCCAUCCUGAAGGCAAUGGACUUCACCAAGAAGGUCUACGAACGAGGGUCCAAUGUGGAGCAGUUUGUGACCCGCUUCCUGUUGAAGGAGUCGGCCAAUCAGAUCCAGUCCCUGCUGAACUCUGUGGAAAGCGCUGUGGAUGCCAUCGACGAACAGCACAGCCAAUCAGGGCCGUACCCCAGUAAGACCAGCCCGCGUGUGCCAGACACUCGCUACGCGCCACCGGUGCCGGACUACCCCCCCAAUAACCGGGUCAGCGCCAGAGAGAGUGUGAGGAACAUCAGCACCGCCACAGGACCCGUGGAGGUGAGGAAGGAGGGGCUUGAGGCACAGAUCAACCGCCUGGCCGAGCUGAUUGGACGGCUGGAGAACAAGACAGUCUGGUUUGAUCUUCACCAGAGGCUAACAGAGUCCGAUGGCACGGCCAGCGCAUCCCUCUAUCUGAUUCGUCAGGAGAUGGCCGUAUCCCAGAAGCACCUGGGAGAGUUCUGUGAGGCCCUGAAGCAGUACCUGAAGAAUGUCUCCGCCCAAAGAGACUGCUUCCAUGUGACUGCAGUGCGUUUGCCAGAUGGAGUCUCCUUCGUUGUGUAUGAAUUCUGGGACGGAGAAGACGAAUGGAAGCAACACCUGCAGACGGGGGCCUGUAAGGCCUUCCAGCACGUGAAGGUGGACACGCUCUGCCAGCCCGAGGCCGUCUCCACCGUCGCUGUGCCAGCUGCCUGGUGCACCCUGAACAGAGACUGAUGUGGGCAGAGCCUCUGGGAAGGUCCGCCCCCCUCUUCCCAGGCCCCACCCCCAGGCCAAGAGCCUCUCUCUCUGCAGUAGCCUAUAUUACCCUCUCCUCCUCCUCACCUCUCCUCUUCCUCCUCCUCCUCUCCUCUUUACGCCCCCUUUCCCUGCCCCCUCCCAAACCCCCUUCUCUUCCCUCUUCACUUCAUUUUCUAACAGGUCUCCAAACCUCUCUCCCCUCGUCUGUCCUAGCAUCCUGAGGCAUGGUUGGGUCCCAGGGGCCUGAUUAAGGAGUCCGAGUACAGUAAAGGAAAAAAGAUAUUAAUAAUCAAUCAAUAAGCUCCCCUCCCCCCGCACCC